GGGGCAAAAACGUCAAUAGAUAAAAUAGGCGUGCAUUAAUGGCAUAAAGCUUCCAAGCAGAGCAGAACCAGUAGCAGAAGAGAGAGAGAGAAGAGAGAAGAAAGAAGAGAGAAGAAAGAGAGAGAGAGAGAUCUCUGAUCCUCUCUGUCCCUCCAUUGUUGCAGUGCAGAGCACAGUCCUCUCCACUUCGCCCAAAACAACCCACACACGAACGCACUACACGUAUUCUUGUCUCCCUCUGCAAGAAUCCUGGAAAAGCAGCACGACAACUGCAUCAGCUCAUUCACUACAGAAUUGAAAUCUUGAAGAUUUGCAGGCGAGGUGGGUUGGAGAAGAAGAAGAAUAAAGAAAGAAAGAAGAAAUAAGGAGAAGAAGAUCAGAAGCAGUAAUGGCAAUGGCGGCUGGCAAUUUAAGGACCUGACCAGCUGGCUACCGCUGUCCGGGAAAAAGCAACGACAGCAAGUAACCACAAGGCAUGGCGGAUGAGGCCGAGCACUGAGAUAGAGAAAGAGAGAGAAACUGUGACACAUAGGGAGAGAGAGAGAGAGAAAGAGAUUCUCCAUUUUCGUUUCUUUAAUUCUCUCGGCUCAGGAUUCGAGGAGAAGGAGGAGGAGGCAUUUUCAUUUUUCUUCGAACCCCCCUUUUCUUGUUUGUUUGGUUGUGCUUGGAUUUACUGUUUUGGGGCCAAUAUAUUCCUGUCUUCCCGCUUCGAUUUCUGCUGAGGAAAACACAGUGACGCGACGGGAAUGGAUCGAUAAAGAAGAUUGAUGCGUUUGUCUCUUUACAGACCAGAGAAUGUGUUCCACUUUCCCCAUUCUUCUUCUUCUUCUUCUUCUCACCUUCUUCUUCGUUCACCACUGAGAUUUCAUUUCUGUUCUUUUCUUUUCUUUUCCUUUUCAAGAACACAUACACAGAAAAAGAUGAAGUUCAUGAAGUUAGGUUCAAAGCGUGAUUCUUUUCAAUCCGAAGGAAGCUCCGUGAGAUAUGCCCUGUCGGAAUUGGCCACCGAUGUUGUUGUAAACGUCGCCGGCGUCAGGUUUCAUCUGCAUAAGUUUCCUCUGUUGUCGAAGAGCUUAAGGUUGAAGAAGCUCGUGUCCGACGAAGCUUCUGAUGUCGAAAUUCAGCUGUCUGAAUUCCCCGGCGGAGCGAAAGCAUUCGAAAUCUGCGCGAAAUUCUGCUACGGCAUUGCCGUGACGCUCAAUGCAUACAAUGUAGCGGCUGCGCGUUGCGCCGCAGAGUAUCUCGAAAUGAUAGAGGAUGUCGAUAGAGGAAAUUUGGUCCUAAAAGUCGAGAUUUUUCUCAAUUCGAGCAUCCUAAGAAGUUGGAAAGAUUCGAUCAUAGUACUACAAUCGACGAGGUCGCUUCUUCCAUGGUCCGAGGAUUUAAGGAUAGUCGGGAGGUGCAUUGAUUCGAUCGCAUCGAAAACGUCAGUGGAUCCUUCGAUGGUCAAUUGGUCAUAUACGUACAAUCGAAAAGCAUCGUCGUCAUCGUCGGAGAUACGAUCAUCGGAGAAAAUUGAACACGUCCCCGACGAUUGGUGGAUCGACGACAUAUGUGAACUUGACGUCGAUUUGUUCAAGAGAGUUAUGAUUGCGAUCAAAUCGAAAGGUCGAAUGAAUGGAGGCGCGAUCGGGGAGGCGUUGAGGACUUACGCUAUUCGAUGGAUCCCGAAUUCGGUCGAUGCGUUGGUUUCGGAUGCGAACGUUGUUCGACACAAAUGUUUGGUCGAAACUAUAAUUCGCUUGCUGCCUUCGGACAAGGGCGCCGGCUGUUCGUGUAGCUUCUUGCUCAAGUUGCUCAAGGUCGCGAUUCUUAUCGGAGCCGAGGAUUCGUCGAGGGAAGAUUUAACAAGGAGCAUUGGUUCGAAAUUGGACGAGGCUUCCGUAAACGAUCUUUUGAUCCCGUCGCAGCCGACUCAAGCGACUCUCUACGACAUCGAACUCGUUCGACGCCUCGUGCGCCAAUUCGUCGAGAGCGAAACGAGCAGCCGCGAUUCGAAAAUCGUUGCGGCUAAUGAUUUCGUUUUAGGACACGGCUCAUGGCUAAAGGUCGGGAAACUCAUCGACGUGUAUCUUGCGUCGGUGGCGCAUGAUCCGAACCUUACCGUCUCCGAUUUCGUCGCAUUGUCUGAUUCGAUCCCCGACGCGGCUAGGCCAAUCCACGACGGAUUGUACGGCGCAAUCGACGCGUAUUUAAAGGAACACAAGAACAUAACGAAAUCGGAGAAGAAAACGCUCUGCGUUCUGAUCGACGUUAAAAAACUAACUACCGAAAUGUCGAUGCAUGCGGCCCAAAACGAGCAACUCCCGCUCCGAACCGUCGUGCAAGUCCUGUUUUUCGAGCAGGUGAAGGCGGUGGUAUCGGGUCGAGCGUCGAACGUCAGCCCCGACGAGAACCGGAGGAGAAUGGCUGCGGACAGCGCCGGAAAAUCGCUGAGAAAGCAAAUGGAUGAGCUGAAGGUGAAAGAAGAGGCGGUGAAGAAUGGAAAAGUUGCGAAAAGAGGAUCGAGCGCGCAGCUUCUGCCAUCGCGGUCGAAGAGGAUCUUCGACAAGCUGUGGAAAGGGUUCGGGAGCGCCGAGAACAAGAGCAAGAGCUCGGAGACGUCGGGUAGCGGGAGCUCGCAGAGCCCUGUGUCGACGAUACGAGGGGAAGGGAAGAUGAUGGCUGCUUCAUCUUCAAGAAAUAGGAGGCAUUCCAUUUCUUAGUGUAGCUUAGGAUUUCGGAUUUGGAGAAUUGGGUUUAGGUUUGAACUCAUGAUUUCAUGGUUAAAUAUCGUUAUUAUGUUACUCUCAAUAUAUAUUUAAGGGUAAAUUGAUUUUUUAAUCUAA